UGAGGUGGCUUUAGAGAGGUAAACACAGCGGAUAAAUUUCACCUGAAUGUAUUUAGUGAACAAGACGCUAUUUAAACGAAUGAAUCACAACCUGGUGUUUCUUUCGUACGACUUUUAAUUCCUGCCGCCUGCUGUUAUUUACGCUUUGUCUUUUCUCGGUUCUUGUCCGGCUGCUCACCUGAAACCUCCGCGGCAGGUCUCAUCAUGACAAAACUUCUGGAGUGGCUGUUCGGUGUGUCGGUGGUUGUCGCGGUCUGGGCUCUGGUCUCCUUCGACCUGUUGGACCUGAGCCUUCCGCAGACUUACAGAGAGGUAGCCUGGCCGAUGCCGCUGUACCUGCUGGUUUCAUUCGGCUGCUACUCCCUGGCCACCGUGGGGUACAGAGUGGCCACCUUCAAUGACUGUGAUGAGGCGGCGAAGGAGCUGCAGGGGCAGAUAAAAGAAGCCAGAGAGGACUUGAGGAAAAGGGGCUUGAAGAUGUAGAAGAAGAUGUUGAGAGAAGGACUAUGUAGAAACUUUUGAGAGACUGAAAGGGAUGCACAGACUAGUUUUACACACAACCAAGUGUUUAGGAUGUGUGAAAUGUGUUGGAGGAAACCCUUUUUCUUCUGUUUUGUUUCAAAACAGACAUGAUCAGAACAUGAAUCAUAAUGACCCCAUUAUGCAGCAGGGUUUCAUAUUCAGUUUCAGCUCUUUCAGAUUAGACAUUGAUCAAAUGUGCUUCAGGAAACUCAAAAGUAACGAGCUGAUGGAUGUUCUCUGGGCUACUCAUAAGUGACAAUACAGCAGUUUGCACCAUGAAGAUAAAUGUUUAAUAUUCUUUCAAUCGAAAUACCUUGUUUAUGAAGUGAAUGAUAUUUAACAUCACCAGUUUCUUUGAAUCGGAUUAUAGCAGGUGGUUUUACUGAUAAAACACCCUGAACCAGAUUCUUUAAAAAUAACAAAACCAAAAGGUCACACUGGAACAAGCUCACUAAAUACUCUCUGGAGAUUGUAGUUCUCUGUAUAGAUGGACUAGAUUUUAUCUGUGAACAAGUGUACAUUCCAUUGUCCAAUAUCAGACUUUUGCCCCGCAGCUAUUGCUCGAACUUAAUUAAAUUGGAGUCUAUUUUUCUUCAGUU